GACCAGCUGACCUAUCACACAAGUGUACCGUACAGGCACAGGAAACUACAGGUAAGUCGGUAAAUGUCCUCAGUGGCGGAUUGUCCAGUGUGUGCGGUGUUGUGGCCUGUGUGACACCCUGGCUUGUACGCCCCACUGUCUCUUCAACCCUUGUCAGGCUGUACAUAAACUGCCCUCUUACAUAGACAGGUUUAGCUUACAUGGACACUGGUGUCAGUCCAUAUGAACAUUUGGAGCUAAGUCUGGCAAUAUAUGUAUAUAUACGUUUCAGUCAGUCAGAGGACCUUAGUCUUCUAUCUGCUUAUCCUAGAUCUGUUGGAAAACCAGCACAAUCGUGUAUACAACUGUUGUAUAUAACUUGUAUCCAUUUCAUUUAUUUAUUUGAUUUGUGGUUUAUUUCACUUAUACGACGGCGGCCAGCAUUUGGUGGGAGGAAACAGAACAGAAGCCUUGGGAAAUUCGCUACCAUCGGCGUGUUGCUGACAAACUAAGUUUUAUACAUAUAUUUUUCACGUACUCGUCGUUCGGGAGUUGUAAAGUUUAAGUUGCUGCAUUAUUUGUUGUCGGCCAGCUUAUCGGACCUAAUGAGUGAAAAGCAGACUUUUCAAUGAACUGACGUCAUAUCCUCUAACCAGGUGACAAAAACAGCAACCUAAACUUUAAAACUUUGUUCUCAUAAAUAACUUUGUCACUGGCUGUCUACCUUGCCGUAAGGUUGAUAUCACAGUGUGUCUAUCUAGUUGUAGUAUGAGUUACCAAUGUGCUGCAUUAUACCUAGACGGCCAGGUUUUCAUCUGAAACCGUUGACCACGGCCGACCUGGUUACUUUGAACAUGGUAUGACUGAAACAUUGUUAAGUACGACGUUAAACCCCAAGCAUACAUACAUGUACAUACAUACAUUGAAAAGUGGAAAGCACCCAUGCGCAGCAAUACCUUUGUGUUUGGCCAACAUGACAAAGCCACAUGUUCAUUUAUAGCAUUUACCGACAGAACAUCCACUAGUGAAAGGCAUAUCAUAUUCCAUUGGCUAUUGUGCAAUGUGUGGUUUUGGGUGUGGCGCUCCGUCGUUUUGUGGAUAAGAUAGUACAGGAUAGGAUAGUGUCUUAGACAUGAGCAGAACGUGCUCUUUGUCACGUGACAUAGCAGUUUGAAAGCAGUAAAUAAAACACGUUAAACCGUUUCUUUACAGUAUACAUAUACAGUAUAGAAAAAAUUGUUAAUUACAGUGUCUAAUACGACAGUGUUGUCAAAACUUAUACAGUCUGUUUUAACAGAAUUAACCCAAGGGUUAUUCAAUGCAUCAAAUGUCUUCACGUGCAACCUUGGCAAAUGGCUACAUGCAUUGACCACAGUGCUAACUUCAACGCAAUGGAUGUCACGUGACGUGUUCAAAUAUGGGGAUCAGACAAGCUCAGAAUACUAAGAAAAUCGGCGGCGUCUGAGUAAAGGGUCUACUGAACAUUUGUGGUUCUUGUAUAUUUUGUGCAGCCUGAAUUGUUGAAUAAAAAUCAAUAUAACGAUUUGUGUUUUUUGAGGAGCAUCUUCAGGAUCUUCCUCCGAAAUGAGGCCAGAGACUUGUGGUUGGGUCGUGAUGGAAUUUAUCAGCUGUGCACCCCGUUAGUGUGGUGUAUUGUGAUCAUCUAGGUAACAAUCUGGCAAAGGAUACAUGCCACUUCACUGGUGAAGGCAAAAUUCAAAUAUUUAAACCAAAAGUACCGUGCAUUUUUACAUGCCCACUAAUACUAUGAUGGUCGUAGCUCACACUGUCUUUGGUAAAUCGUUGAAAGCCUCACUCAGUUCGUGCACAUUUAUAUGCGUUGUUGUUGUUUCACCCUACUGCACAGACAUGCUUGUCGCGACGGCGGCUCAGCUGAUGUUGCUGAUCCUUACCAGUCAGAUUGUCACUUCGGUUGGGCAGAUUCGGAGCCCUUCCUGUCACAUCCCUGCAGGAAAAUCUUCCCUGGCUGCAGUUAACAGAGAUGCCGUUCGAUUCAAUUUCUCCGCAAUCGAGAAUAACGUGAACUACUUUCUGCCCAAUGUAAUGGUUCGGGAUCACGUGUAUGCGGUGACAGAUUGUGGACUUACGGUGUAUUUGGUAAGCCAAACCAUCGAAAACCCCAGUCCUUUUCUCGCCAAUGCCGGCAUUAAGGGCACGCUUUUCUUUUGCUCCAAGGACACAGACCCCCUAGUGAAGAGUGUGUACGGAGUGGUGCUUAAGAUGAUCGAUAAUCCAGCCACUAAACCUGAAGUCAUACCCACAUUCUGGUAUAACAGCGCUAACAUUAUCAUGCAGCUCUUCUUUUAUCGUGGAUUUCCCGCCCAGCAAAGCACCACCUACCGGUGUAAAUUAGAGCGAAACGUCACUGUAUUCUCCUCUGUGAUAAAUGUGGUUGUCACAGCAAAUUUUUCUGUUCAGAAAGUCGGCUGCCCGAAAACCCACUGGGGUUCAGACUGCGGAACAUAUUGCUUCAGCUGUGAAAAUGGUGGCGAGUGCGACACGUUUAAGGGCCAAUGUUGGUGCCUGGAUGGAUUCACUGGAACGCGGUGUGAAACGCGCAUGACAACGAGUACUACGCAACCUUUAACAACGGCCACUGGCACUACACGAUCAGUUAACAUGACUUUAAAGGAUAAGACUACAAGCGGAAAUCAGCAGAUGAACUUUACGCGGGACACUUCGACAUCAACACAACAGACGACACCCACAACCCAGACGCCAUCAACCCAACAAACAAUAUCAACACAGCAGACGACCUCAACACAACCUACAGCCUCAGCCAAUCAGAUGACAAAGCCUACGUCAGGUCACUCACGUAUGUACAGCGCAAAAAUAGUACGAACGUUAACCCUGUUUUAUCUCAGCUGCGUUGUUUAUAGAUUCUUCUUCGCAUAAUCUAAACUAUGUACUGCCGAGAUGUUAUCUUCAGAACAGAUGCAUGAUUACCUAACAAUCUCCAAUGCAAAUAUCUUUGCGUUGUCUACAUUUGGAUAAUGAAGACUUUUGGGCAUGAGUAACUACGGUUUGAGGGAAGGGUAAAUAAACGGACAGUAUAAGGCUUUGUUUUUUGUGUAUAUAAUUCUGGACAAGCUUGUUAUAUGUUGUUAUUAUUUUCACAUGUUUUAACUAAUUUCAUGCUGACUCUCCUUUCAUUUGU